GACGCAAAAGCCCGCGCUCGCAGUUUCACCGUCUAGAGAAGGGAGUUGAGGAAGGAGUUGGGGUCCUGGUGUGGGCAGUCCGGGUGCAGCCGGAGAGAGCUGGGUCGGACAUCCAGGUAAUAAUUUCAAGAUGCCCGGACGUUCCAGUUCCAGUUCCAGUUCCAGUUCAACUGGUUUUAUAUCCUUCAGUGGCAUAGAAUCUGCUCUCUCCUCUUUGAAAAACUUCCAAUCCUGUAUCAGCUCUGGAAUGGACACAGCUUCUAGUGUUGCCUUGGAUCUUGUAGAAACUCAAACUGAAGUGAGUAGUGAAUUCAGUAUGGACAAGGCAAUGGUUGAAUUGGCCAUGAUGGAUCGGGAGCUAACCCACUACGUAAAGGCCGUUCAGUCUGCGAUAAAUCAUGUAAAAGAAGAACGUCCCGAGAAAAUACCGGAUCUAAAAUUAUUAGUGGAGAAGAAAUUUUUGGCUUUACAGAAUAAGAAUUGUGACACAGACUUGCAAAGUAAUGCAAAAUUUGUACAGUUUAAACAACAGCUGAAAGAACUAAAGAAGCAAUCAGCGAAACCUAAAGAAGAUGGAAGACACAAUGAGGUCGACAAGAUUAAGGAUAAGGAUGCAAGUAGAGCAGGCAAUGAACGAGAUGGUCUUCAAGCCGACAGAGAGGCUGAUGGAACAGAAGGAGUUGAUGAAGAUAUGAUUGUGACCCAAAGCCAGACCAACUUCAUCUGCCCCAUCACGCAGGUGGAAAUGAAGAAACCAGUGAAAAAUAAAGUGUGUGGCCACACCUAUGAAGAGGAAGCCAUUGUUCGCAUGAUUGAGUCCAAGCACAGGCGGAAGAAAAAGGCCUGUUGCCCCAAAAUCGGCUGUAGCCACAGAGACGUGAGAAUGUCCGACCUCAUCCAGGACGAAGCUCUCAGAAGGGCCAUCGAGAGCCACAACAAGAAGAAAGCUCGUCACUCUGAGUAGGACGACCACACCUCCCUACAGGGAUGUCCGCAGCCUACCUCCUGCCCCGGCCACCUGGAGAGAGCGGUGCUUGUCAAAGCGCUUCGACUGGCUGCCGAGCAUAUACUUCGUUGGGGUAACACUCGAAGGUUUUACGUGUAAUCGGAAGCAUUUUUCUAUGUCAUGACAAAAACUCAAGCAUAUUCUAUUGUUUAUUUUUGAGUGUUCUCUAAUUUUAAAUAAAAUUUUGAUUACCUGCAGUGUGCCCUGUCCGAUGGUGCAGGCAUGGCGAGGCUGGGCCUCUCUAUUCCUAAUAUUUCAGACCGGUUGUUGGUUUUUUUUUUAUUACAGCUUUAACUAAACAAUGUCUCUCAAAGGAUAUCUGACAUGGAAAUGCAGAGAAACACCCUAGGUGCAAGCAUUUUCUGUCAGCAUCAUAAAUAACAGUAUGAGGUUAUAAAGCAAAUUUACUUCAUCUGUUGACGGUUCCAAAUAUGCAAAUGCUUCUAUUUGUCAUUCUGACGGGCACAGAAUGCUCCAGUAACAGGCUUAUCAGUGCAGUGAUAGUUGAUGCCCAUAAUGGAAACUUCGCCACAGCCUCUGAGAGUCUAAAGUAUCGUCCUGAGCAACCACAUCCUGACUGUCUCUGCCUUGCUCGGUGGCUCUCCUGCCCCCCGGGCCUUGGGGUCUUCAACCAUGAAAUAGAGAUGUUGAAUGAGAUGUUCUCUAACGUCCCUUUAGCCCUGAAAAUCUGUGGACUGAGGACCAGCCAGGCCUUAAAAUUGGAUAUCUUUGGUUAUAUUCUAAUUGUGUGAAGAGGGCUCAUCUAUUAAUAAUCUCUGUAGCAACCUUUUAUCAACUAGAUACACAAGGGAACUAAGAAGAGUUAACAGUUGCUAACAUUUAUUGGGCACUUACUGUGUGCCCGGUGCUAUUCUGAGUUAACAUAUCUGUGUUAACUCCUGGAAUCUUCACUGCCUGAGGAGAGAGGUACACUCAUUAUUCCUACUUUACAGACAAGUCCAGCGAGGCACAGAGAAGUGAAAGCCCAUGGAAGGUCACAGGGCUCAUAUGCGGCUGAGCUGGGACAGGACCUCACGUAGCUUAGUCCCAGAGUCCGAAUUCUUAGUCCGAUACUCUCCUCCUCCCUGUUGAUUUAUUCAGAUCUAAAAAUAUAUUCAAAGUCCACAUUGGAAAAAAUGAAACUUCUGUAAAUAAACAAACACAUACACAUGUGUAUGCAAAGUUCAGUAACUGGAGUUGACAUUGACUAGGCAGUGAGGGCCAUGAAAUAACACAUAGUUGAGUUUAAAGGCAUAGUCUAAAAUGGCAAAGUUAAUUUUGAAAAUAUUUUCGUGGAAUUCAGAAAGGAGGAUGACAUUCAGUUGUCCAGGGACCAAGUCGAUCUGAAUUUCUUAAGAUGGCUUCAUCUGAAUCAGACUUCCUGAGGAAAUGAUUAUGUUUAAGCCAGAACAAACAGACUUUGCAUGGAAUGUGGUUCUUUUGUGAAAUACUUUGUUUCCUAAACAGAUAACGACAAGCAUGAAAUACUUGCCCAAGAUUUGAUUUGUGUUUUCCUCAACUCAUUCUAAAGAGAAUUCCAGAAUAUUGGUGGGGACACCAGUAUCAGUUAGAAAAAUGCCAAAUAACACCAUUCCACUGUGGAAAAGGUGGAGCCUUUGUAUCUGGUGAAGUUUGUUUCCUUCUUUUUUAGUCUGCAGAAGCUGUUUCAUGAAUUUGUCUAGCCAAUUAAAGGAUUUGAAGUUUGAUACAGAA